AUGGGAAGAAUAACGAUGUUCGCGAUGAGAUUCUUUGCAUUGUCUUGCCUUGUGGGAUCACUCGUUAUCCUUCUUACUAGCUCUCAUUUCACAUCUUAUGAGCGUUUUCUCUAUUCAGACUAUCAGGUUAAUGAUAUUAAGUUUACCAAUUUUCACGUUUAUAUUUAUAUGCUUGUUAGUAUUGGCGUGGGAAUUGCAUAUAAUCUCUUCCAAACUGCACUAUCUCUAAGCAUUGGAGUCAGUUUGCUGGAUUUAUUUGGUGACAUGGUAAUAUCAAAUAUAUUAGUCUCAGGUGCAGCAGCAAGCUAUGGUUCUACAUUGGAGUUGGGUCGAACUAAUGACCUACAACCUUCUAGUUUCUUCAACAAGAUUUAUAUUUCUGCUGGUCUGUCUUUGGUGGCUACUCUCUUUACAUUAAUUUCUCUCAUUUCUGCACAUGCUGCACUUAGGUUUCCAGCUCAACCAAGGGAUUUGCCAACAAGCUUAAGGAAUUUAAUUAUUUAUGUGUUCAUCUUUUUCUGUUCAACGAUUACAGAAGGUUUGGUUAGUGGAGCGUUUCAAGUUGCGGCAGUGAUAGAAAAGUUGCCUCCUUCAUGGAUGGACUUCAAAAAUUACUUGAAACAUAAACGAAAGGAGAUGACACUGGAAGAUCUCAUCGUCCGGUUGAGAAUCGAGGAAGAUAACAAGGCAGCAGAGAAGAAGCCUAAUGGGAGACCAUAG